AUGACGUCUGUGCACGUCAAAGCCGGAACAUGUGAGGUCAUUGCUGCCCACCGGUGCUGCAACAAAAACAAGAUUGAGGAGCGGUCACAGACAGUGAAGUGCUCCUGCUUUCCUGGUCAAGUGGCUGGCACAACAAGAGCUGCUCCUUCCUGCGUGGAUGCAUCCAUAGUUGCCCAGAAGUGGUGGUGCCAAAUGCAGCCUUGCCUGGAUGGGGAGGAGUGCAAAGUAUUGCCGGAUCUGACGGGAUGGAGCUGCAGUACAGGGAACAAAGUUAAGACCACCAAGGGAAGUGCUUUUAAAGCAGUGCACGUUCCCCAGAAUGUUCAGGCACAAACAAAUGCUGGGGAGGCAGGACUGCACAUUCAAAGAACAGAAUCGAGCAACGUGUGUAUUUUUUAG